UUUUCCUCCUGCAGGGACCCGAAGAGGACCAGGAGUCAGAGUCAGAACUAACUGUGACACAACUGAAGGCAUUGCGUAAGCAGCAGCAAGCAAAAUUAGAAAGGACAAUGUUGGGAGAGGACUCUGAUGAGGAAGAUGAAAAAGAGGAGAAAAGUGAGAGGAGUCAGAACAGUGAUACGAGCUGCUCCUGGGGAAUGGGGGAGGAUGCUGAGGAGGAUGAGGUGGAAGAAAACCCUAUUGCUAUUGAUUUUCAGGAUGUACAAGAUGCCUUCUAUAUGAAAGAUCCUAGGAAGGCCUUACAGGGCUUUUUUGACAGAGAAGGAGAAGAGUUAGAAUAUGAGUAUGAUGAUCGUGGGCACAAUAGCUGGCUAUGCAGGAUCAA